AUGCUGCCAGACGCAGCAAACGUCAAAGAUACCGAGACCGGCUUUUCACCUCUGCACGCCGCAAUCGCUGCCUGCGAGCCCGAUACAGAGACCGCCGGCGCUAAUGGCGCAACCACGUCAGACUCGAACCCCAAGGGUCUGGACGCCGAUACCGUGAAAUCAGCAGUGGAGACAGUUCAGUUCCUCCUGCAGGAGGGCGCUAUCUGGAACGAUCUGGACGCGAACAACGAGACACCCGGCUGUAUCGCGCGCCGAAUUGGCGCUCUCGAGCUAUACGAGCUGAUCGUCGACGCAGGUGUGCGCGCAGAGUUGCUGCUGAACCGCCUCGACGCCUACGAAGAGCUCGCCGAUGAUGACGACGAAGAGGAAGGAGAAGAGGAAGCCGAAGCCGAGGCCGAGGCCGAAACAGCACCGGAGCUCGUCGACGCAUUCGCCGAACCCACAACAGAAACCACAACCACAACCACAACCACUCCUGCCAACCCGGAAGUGUCCAACUCGCAGUAUCUGGAGUCGCGCCUGAACAUCCAGAACGACCGGAUCCUGGACUCCGACCAGAACGGCGUGAUGAUGCGCUGGGAAAGCGACAUCAUGCGUAAGUCCGCGACAGCACUGCUCCCGACACCCGGGCUGAAAGUUCUGAACAUCGGUCACGGGAUGGGCAUUGUGGACGGAUUCUUCCAGGAGCAAGGGCCAGCGGUGCACCACAUCGUCGAAGCGCAUGAGGAGGUCGUUGCGGAGAUGAAACGGCGCGGGUGGGAUACUAAGCCCGGUGUUGUUAUCCACCAGGGUCGCUGGCAGGAUAUUCUUCCUGGCCUUGUGGCGGCUGGGGAGACGUUCGAUGCUAUCUACUACGAUACCUUUGCGGAGUCAUAUGGUGAUUUCCGGGAUUUCUUUUCUGAGCAGGUUAUUGGGUUGUUGGAGCAGGAGGGUCGGUGGGGAUUCUUUAAUGGCAUGGGUGCUGAUCGCCAGAUCUCAUAUGACGUCUACCAGAAGGUGGCGGAGAUGGAUCUCUUCGAGGCUGGGUUCGAUGUCCAGUGGGAAGAGAUUUCUGUGCCCAAGUUGGACGGUGAAUGGGAGGGUGUGCGCCGGGCUUACUGGGUUGUGGAUGAUUAUAGAUUGCCCCUGUGCAAGUUCAUGGAUUAA